CUUAUUCAGAGAUCUUGAUCUUGAUUUCAUUGCAAGCUGAACUAAGGAGAUGAUAUGGGAAACAACAACGCAACUGCCAUUUUAACAGAAGAAGAGAGCUCCAAGCUUGAAUCCAAUGAAAUGUCUUCAUUGGGCUCUGUUUCCGUGGAUACCAAGCAAGAUCAGGUGUUUCUUGCAGGUGAAGGUAAAGAUGGAGAAAAAGAGAAAGAGAGCUCAAAGCUAGAAUCCAAUGGAAUGUCUCCGUUGAGCUCUGUUUCCGUGGAGACCGCGCAAGAUCAUGUGUUUCUUUCAGGUGAUGGUAAAUAUGGAGAUGAAGAGAAAGAGAGCUCAAAGCUAGAAAUCAGUGGAAUGUCGCUUCUGGCCUCUGUUUCCGUAGAGAGCACACAAGAUCAAGUGGUUCUUGCAGAUGAAGGUAAAGAUGGAGAUGAAGAGGAAGGUAACCCAAAAGUAGAGACCAACGGAGUGUCUCCUUUGGACUCUGUUUCCGCAAAGACCAUGCAAGAUCAGUUGUCUGUUGCAGGUGACAGAAUAUAUGGAGAUGAGAAGAAAGAGAUCGCAAAGCUAGAAAGCAAUGGGAAGUCUCCGUUGGACUCUAUUUCCAUAACGGUUGAUCAGUUGUUUCUUGCAGGCGAAGGAAAGGAUGGAGACGCAGAGAAAGAGAGCAUGCCUGAUGAUGUCAAAGAAACAGAACCACAAAGCAAAGUUUUGGUGGAUGAGCCGAAAGUGAAAAUAGUCAAAAAAGAGAUGCAUUCAAGUGGCUUGGAGAGCUCGGUAAACGAAGCAGAUGGUGAGAAGCUUCAGAAACAGACAUCAGUUGAAGAAGGUGUUAAAACUGUGUUUGAAGAGACAGAAGUGCAAGAGUUGUGUAUGAUUGGAACUCAAAGUGAUGUGACAAAUUUGAAUACGACAGAUAAAGAAGAGAAGCUCUGUCUGAUUGAUGAGACUGUUGGAAAUGAAGAAAAUAUGGUGAAUGACUCUCUAGAAGAAGUUGUUUCUACAGAGGAAGUUGUUUCUACAAAGGAAGUUGUAAACCUUGUUCAAGAAACUGGUAUGGAACAAAGAAAAGGAGGGGAUGAAUUUCCUGAGAUUAAGCCACAAGAUAUUCUGAAUCUAGACAAUCGCGUUGUUGUUGAUGAUGAAGAAGUUACAAAUGAGGUGAAAGCCAACAAGGAGACCUCUAACUCUGGUUUGCAAGAAUCAAACAUGAUUCAAGAGAGCGGUCUUGGAGUUUAUAAGGAAGAGAAGGGCACUAACUUAAAAACAGAAGUGAGUUUGAAACGCAUGUCUCGAUGCAGAUCGCUCCCGGUGAGCCACAAUAGUAGAGUUCUUGGAGAUACGUUGGCUCAGCAGUUGGUUUCAGAGGUUACGUUUCCUUCAAGAAACAAGAUGUGUUUAGAGAAAGCUAACAUAUCUGAGGCUCUACUUGUUCCUUGCGUUGGAAGCAACAAAGCAGAAGAAACUAUUGAAACCAUAACUGAAAGCAAUAAAGAAGCUACACUUGAGAUACAAAGAACCGAUGAACCGAUAGAGAAAACUUCGUUACUCUUUCAGGACAAAACUGAGAUAUACGAGACAACAAUCGAUGUGGAAGAGAAAACUGUGAUGCUGAAGAGAAGUGAUUCCAUGAAAACAGGAGUCAUGGAGAAGUCUCCAGGACUGUUGAACAAACACAGCGAUGAUAGCUUCAAAGAAACCAAAGGCUCAGAAGAUAACUUGGAGGACAAGAAAGCUUCGUCGGGUUCUAUGAAAGGCAUUGUCAGAAAACGGAACAAAUCUUCGAUCUUAGGAACAUGCCUUUGUUGCACCACCGCCAUGAAUUGAAGAACUAAUUAUAUUUUGUGAUUUAAUGUUUUUUUUUGUUUUUACUAUUGUUUUGAGAACUUGGGAGAGGAAACAAGUGAACGUGUGGAUUGGGUUUUCUGUAAUACUUGAGAUGGGUUUUUCUGUUUGAGGGGUUUUGGAAAAGUUUUACUGCCUUUAAUUU